AUGACAGAGCUAUCAAACAAGCAGAUAGAGCUCGUUGAUCGGGUUAUCUUCGAUGACACUAUACAAGAAAAUUCUGGUCAAACAGAUGAUAAUUCUUUGAAGGAGAAAACUGGCGGGACUUUUGAAUAUGAUCAAGAUGUCACGGCGACUACGACGGAUGAUGAUGGGAUGCCAGCAUCUUCGCAUCCUAUGGAGGCAAAGAUCUUACGCAAAAUGGACAUGUUCUUGAUCCCGUUAAUGGGACUGCUUUAUUUUUUAUCCAACUUGGAUAAGUCCAAUAUUGGUAAUGCUGCAGUCGCAGGAAUGAGAGAAGAUCUUAAGCUUGUUGGUAACCAGUACAACACCUGCGUUACCGUAUUUUUUGCGACAUAUGUUCUUUUUGAUCCAAUAGGCACAAACUUGCUGAAGAUUAUGGGUCCUCCAACCAUGAUGAGCUGCUGCUUGUUGGCCUUUGGUGUGAUUUCUUUGUGCACAGCCUGGGUGAAGAACUACAGGCAUUUGAUCGCUGUGAGAUUAUUACUGGGUGCCUUUGAAGGUAUGAUCUACCCAUCUAUCAACAUGUACCUCUCAAUGUGCUACAGAAGAGAACAGUAUGCGAAGAGAUUUGCCUACGUGUUUGCAGCUGCGUGUCUUUCGUCCUCGUUCGGAGGAUUGAUUGGUUACGCAUGUUCUAAAAUCAAUGGUUCUCUGGCAGCUUGGCAGUACAUUUACAUAGUAGAAGGUGCCAUAUCAAUUGGAUUUGUACCACUUUACUACUUUGGCUUGAGCAAAAACCUGGAGGACUCUUGGUACUUCAAUGGCGAGGAGAAAGAAUAUAUCAUACAAAGAUUCAAAACCAUGAGUACUUCAAAUCCCAACGAAAAAUUUGAAUGGUUCCAGGCUUGGUUAGCCAUCAAGGAUAUCAAGACAUGGGUCAGCGCGGUUGCCCUGUUCGGUAUUGACCUCACUACUUUCGGCUUGACAGUGUUUCUUCCCAUAAUUAUCGAAAGCAUGGGAUUCACUAGCGUGAGGGUGAAUUUAAUGACGGUGCCAGUCUACUUCUUGACAGCUAUCGUAUUUUUCAUAUGUGCCAGAUGGUCGGACCAUAUCAGACUAAGAAGCCCUUUCAUCAUUGGUGCCUGCGUUACGACAAGCAUUGGCAUAUCGAUUGUUCUGGGAUCACAGGUCCACGGAGUGAGGUACUUCGGAGUUUACAUUUUGUGCAUGGGGAUCUAUGUCAAUGCUGCCGUCAAUUGCUUGUGGUUGAGUGGUAACAACGGUAACUACUUCAAGAGAGCCACUGCGCUGGGUAUAAAUCUCUUCUUUGGGUCUGGAUCUGGUCUGGUAUCGGGCCAAAUUUUCUUAGCAUCCGAUAAGCCCAGAUAUACGAAGGGUUUAUCAAUCAGUCUCGCCUUUCAAAUUUUGUCGAUUAUCAUGACGUUUGUUCAAUUCCUAUUGUACAGACGAGAAAACAAGAAGAAAGAGGCUAUCAUUGAGCGCUGCCACGAGCUAAACGAACCCAUUCCAUUCGAUCCAAGGCUAAGCGACCUAAACCCGGAAUUCAGAUACAUGUAUUAA